CGUAAUUAGUGUAUGGUUUGGCGUCGGGAUGCUUCUGGGAUUUUGGACUGGACAAAAGGAGGGACUGCUUGCUGCUUGCUGUAUGUUGAUAUGUAGAGGAGAUGAUGGAAUGGCGGACUGCGGACCCCUCGCGGGGAGGCGGGUGUUAUCCAGCUUUAAUUUGCACAACGGGCGUCAUAUGU